UGUUGUUUGUUGUUUAUGUGAAAAUAUUUGUAGAAAGAAAUUAAAAAGUUGUUUAUUUAUUGACGUUUCACUAUUUAAAUAUUUAUUACAAAAAUCUAUCUAUUUUGUAUUUUUAAUUGAUAAUUAAAGAUACAAAAAAAUUGUUAAACUAUUUUUUAAAUCAUAAUUUAUAUUGUUCUAUAUAUGUAUACAUAACUUUAUCGAUAUAAGAUUGACAUAAACAAAUUUUUAAACAAAUUAUUUUGUGGGAGUUGAUAUUUAUAAAUAGUACAGAUAUAGAUAAUCAAUAGUUAUUUAAAGACUUAUUUUUAAGUUAUCGACUAAUGAAUAGAAGAUUGAAAUUUUAAGUGACCUAGAACGAUGUAAAAUAUAAACACGAAAAAUGCUUAAUAUCAAGUUUCUAUUAACAUUUUUAAUUAAAAAAAAAUUUUAUAUUUGUUAUUUUUAAAAUAUAAAUUUUAUUUGAAGACUGGUUUAAUAAAAAAAAAAAAAAUUUUUGUUCAUUUGAAUAUUUAAUCUUUGAAAAAAAAAAUCUACAUAAGAAAAAUAAAAAAUGGCAAAUGAUAAUAUAAAUGAAUUGACACGAGAAGAUUUUGAUGCUGGACCAUCAAGCUACGAUGAAAUAGAAGAAAAUUUAUACCUUGGAAAUCUUACAGCUGCUACAGACAUAAAAUGGUUAAAAGAUACUAAAAUAACUUAUAUACUUACAGUUGACUCAUGUCCAUUACCUAGACAAAUAGAACUACUUCCUAAUGUUAAUUUAAAGUUUAUUAAAAUAACGGAUAUGCCACGAGAAGAUAUUUUGACAUUUUUUGAAGAUACAUAUAAUUUUAUUGACAGUGCAUUGCAAGAUGAUAAAAAAAUUUUAGUUCAUUGUUAUUUUGGUGUAUCAAGAUCAGCGACAUUAGUAAUUGCUUAUAUUAUGAAAAAAUAUAAAAUUACUUAUGAGAAUGCUUAUGAACUAGUUAAAUCAAAGAGACGAUUUGUUGGUCCUAAUCCUGGUUUUAUAGCCCAAUUAAAAUUAUAUGAAAAAAUGGGUUAUACUAUUGAUCAUGAUAACGUUGAGUUUAAAAUGUAUCGUCUUCAAAUAGCAGCUGAUAAUGUACGUAAAGCUAAAAUUCUUCCUUCAAAUUUUAUAGAUUUAAUAAAACCAGAUCCAGCAUUAACAACUGUCCGUCCAGAACCAACUGUCUACCGUUGUAAAAGAUGUCGAAGAGUAGUAGCUAGUGUGAGUAAUUUAUUACCACAUUUACCACAUGAACGUCAAAUUUGGCGAUAUGUUAGUACAAAAAAACAUGAUGAAACAUCAUCUAAACAAAUGCAAACAUUAGCUAAAAUUGAAAAAGAUAAAAAAGAUAGUGCUAGUAAUUCAGCAGAAGUAUGUACUAAAACUUAUUUUAUAGAACCAUUGGCAUGGAUGCGAGAUAUUUUACAUAAUGUUGAGGGAAAAUUAAACUGUCCAAAAUGUGAAACUAAACUUGGUUCUUUUAGUUGGGUAUCUGGUUCUCAAUGUCCUUGUGGUGCUAAAAUUGCACCAGCAUUUUAUUUAGUUCCAUCCAAAGUUGACUGGAGUAAUGCUGUACAAAAUGUUUUAGUAACUAUUUAAUAAUACAUAAGUAACAAAACCAAUCAUGUGUAUAUACAUGCGUGUGUAUAAUAAUUUAAUUUAAAUCAAAAUUUAAUGCAACUUACAAGACUUGAAAUAUAUAUAAAACAUAACAAUAUAUUCUAACCUUGUGCCAAUGUUUAAUAACGUUGUAAUUUUUAAUAAUCUAUUAUACUUUAAUUUAAUACUCUUUUCCAUCUUUCAUUCAUUUAAAUAACAACAUUGAUAACAGUAUUUAUGUGCCAAUUAUUUAUGUAUACACUUAAUGUUUAUAAUUAUCUUUGUAACGAUAAUUAGCACAAUUUUAUAUUUACACAUUUUAAUCUGAUAUGAUGCUGUGUUAUCUUUAACAAUUAAUGAGUUUUAAAAAUGACUAGACAUUUAAUUACUGAAUGACUGCUCGAGUGUAAAUAUUUAUAUAAUUCACGACAACUAUUAAUUUAAUUUUUAGUUUAUUCAUUUAUUUGAAAAAAAUAUUUCUUGACUGCGUAUUUGUUUUUUUAAUAUUCGUCUAAAAAGUUUAUUUUUCAUACUACCUGAAGAUCGAAACGUUUUUCACGGAACCAAAAUGAAAAUAGUUUAUGUAAUUUGAUUCUAAAAGUGACUAAAGGGGUAGUUGGGGCAGGCCUGCAAUUAUCGGCUGAAGUAAGGAACAAUUUCUGAAAACUCGAUCCAGUAGAUUUUGUAAUUUUCAUUUCGUUUUUUUUAUUUUUGUUUGGUGAAAAACGUUCCGAUUUUCAGGUACAUCAUUUUUCUUACUUUUUUUAAUAUUUUAUUAUUAACAUUAAACACAAUAAAAUUUAUUUUUUAUUUCAAUUUUUAUAAUUAUUCACUGUAAAAAAGUGGGAGUUGAUUCGGAAUGAAUAUGGAUUUUAUUUUAAUCCCAAUUCACUCCGCCACUCCGAGUUCCGGAGUUUACAAAAUCCGUAUACGAAGUAAAUAUUUGCGUAAAAAAAAUUCGUUCUGAAAAUGUUCUAAAAAAGUUCGCAAUCGUGAACUUCUAAAUUUGAGACAAUUCUAGCUUUUGAGUAGAUCAUUUUGGGAACUUUGAAAACAUUCAAGAGUAAAAAUAAUUUUCAAUUUAAUACUUUCAGGAAUGUUUUUAUGAGUUUUUUAAGCAAUAAUAAUUCGACUAAGAAAUUCUACUGGUUUGAAGCAAAUAAAAAAAAAAACUUUCAAACCAAUUAUGAACGUUUUUUGAUUUUACGAACUCUCCAAAAAUCAAGUGAAGAGAUGAAAGUUUCUCUACUCUUGAAUUUUUUGAAAGUUCCAUAAAUAUCAAGUCAAAAUUUAGAAUCGUCUCAAAUUUGGGAGUUUACUGUUGUAAAAUUUUUUUGACCAUUUUCAGGGCCAACUUUUUUUACAUGGGUACGAAAUUUUGAAUUUCCCGCUAAGAAAAUCGAAGAUUCGAAUGGUUUUGGUGGCAAUCGAACGGCCUUCUCAGCCAUCAACCUUCCUGUAUAUUUUCUAUCAUCAUCAAUCUAUCGAAUAGAGUUUGAGAUACAUAAGAGAAACAAAGAAAUUUUUUUUUUUUUUUUGAAAAUUUCUAAAGACGACUCGAUCGAUCGAUUUUAAAAUCUAAUCUGCUCUAAAACGCAAUUAAAAGUGUCGAUUGCCGUUCAAGCCGUCUUAAUUAGAUUAUUUGUUCGAAAGAUAUCGCGGGAAAAAGAAACGAUACAAAUCGAUUUUUUGCUAAUAUUUUCGAAAUGAUUAAACCAAACGAUUUCAAAAUCUAUUCAGCUCUAGAACUUGACAAAACACUUCGAUUACAGCAAGAACCAUUUCAAUCGGUUGAUUUGUUCGAAAUAUAUCAUUGGAAAAAGAACUGGUAAAAAAUGUUUUUUGUCUGACAUCUUCGAAAACAAUAAACAUUGGUUAAUUAAUUCGAGAUAUCGUUUCGUUAAAAUACGUAUAAAUAAAAAUUCACCAGAUUUUUGUUGGAUAGCACGUAAUGUAAUUGACCAAAUGUUUCUACAAUUAUACUAAAUUUUCGUCUUUAAGAGUUUUUUUGCAAUCAUCGCAUAUUUUACUGCUAUCAGUUUGUUAUUCAAAGAAUUUUAAAAGUUACGUGUUUCUUAAAAUCAUCUUUGAUUUUUUGAAUUGCAGUACCGAAUAUUUUUGAGCUCAAAGAGCUCAAAAGUGCAGUCAUGAUAAUGUUUUCGAACUCCUUGAGCAGGAAAACAGCAAGAAGUUUAGUGGAGUGAUUUCGGACUUAUGUGGAUUUUAUUUUAAUUCGGAUCCACUUCGAUCCAGAUUUUAAAUGUUAAAAUAAACUUCUUUUCGGAGUGAAUUUCACUCCAAAGGGAUCAAAUAAAUAAACCAUCCAUUUGGUAUUCACUCCGGAUUUAACCCGUGUUCACCCCGCAAAUUUUUUACAGUGUACACAUGAAGUAUUGAAUAAAAACAUCAAGACACUUAACUUUCUUAUUUAAUCGUCAAAUUUUUUCAUCCAUUUAUUUCUUUAUUUUCUUUUUUUGAAUGUAUCUACAUAUAACAAGAACAGAAAAAUCUGAUAAAAUAUUUGAGGAUUUACAAAUGAGUAUUACCUUAAAGAACUAACCCAGCAUUCAUGUUCAGAGUAUUAAAAAAAAUUUUAAUGUUUGUAAUUUCAAAAUAUGAUAAUUAAAAAAAAACAAAUAAUUUAUAGAUGAAUUCGUAAAUUUAUUUAUCUACCGUCUUAAGUUUAUUUCCUAGAAAAACAAAAAAAAAGUAAAAACCAAAAAAAAUAAAUAAAAUAUUUUUAGAAUUACAAAUGAAAUUUAAUUUAUCAUUCAAAA